AUGCUACGGAGAAGCAGGAACAGCCAAGCUCCGCGCUACGUGUGGAGCGACAUCCGACGAGACAUUGACACCGUGGUACUGGUGAAUGACAGAGAGGAGUGGGGCGACGAACACACACAGAUCAGUGACUCGGACUCAGAAGUGGAUUACCUGGCCGUCACCCCGGAGGUGACAGACAUUGUGUCUGACACGGUGCCUGUGACAGGGGAGUCCUACUGUCACUGUGACGCCCAGGAGGAAACAAGCCCUGGGGCUCUGCUGCAGGGUUUCCAGCCCCUCAACGACUGCCUGUGUGGAGAGGAGGACCAGGGUUUUGACUGGGUGUGGGAUGAGGGUGUUAAGUCCAAUGCAGCAAUCCUGAGCUGUGACAACCGCAAGGUGAGCUUCCACUCUGAGUACAGCUGUGGCACAGCCGCCAUCCGUGGCACCAAGGAGCUGACAGAUGGACAGCACUUCUGGGAGAUCAAGAUGACGUCACCCGUCUAUGGCACAGACAUGAUGGUGGGCAUCGGGACCGCUGAGGUCAACCUGGACAAGUUCCAACACAGUUUUUGCAGUAUGCUGGGGAUGGACGAGGACAGCUGGGGACUUUCCUACACAGGUAUGCUUCAGCACAAAGGGGACAAGGUGAAUUUCUCGUCCCGUUUUGGCCAAGGCUCCAUCAUAGGGCUGCACUUUGACACGUGGCAUGGAACCCUUACCUUCUAUAAGAACCGCCGCUGUAUAGGUGUGGCCACCACCAGGCUGCAGAAUAAGAAGUUCUACCCUAUGGUGUGCUCCACUGCAGCCAAGAGCAGUAUGAAGGUGAUCCGGGCCUGCUACACGCCCACCUCCCUGCAGUACCUCUCUUGCUCUCGCUUGCGCCAGCAGCGGCCCGACUGCCCUGACAUCCUGAACGUGCUGCCCCUUCCCCCGGGCCUGCGCCACCUCCUCCACAACCAGCUGGGCUGGGUGUUCACCCUCAACAACGACGCCCCCGAGCAGUCUGAGGACUUGAUGGAGGACUUGAAUGAAGACUUCGUUGAUGACUUUUCAGUGGAGUUGCCUGAUGACUUGCCUGAGGAGCCUAGUCCAUGCCCGAGCCCCUGUCUCAGCCAGGUGUCCACCCUAAGUGCCUGCUCCUUCCCUAGCCCUGUACCCAACCAUGCCAAUGCCCCUGCCUCCUCUCACCCAGUUCCCAGCCCUGCCUCUCCCUGUGCCCCUGCCUGCCCACCCUUCCAGGGAGCAACUCAGACAGUGAGGACAUGA